AUGAUUGAACUUCUUAUUAAACACGGAGCAGAUGUCAAUAUAAAAAACAAUAAAGGAAUGACGGCUUUGUUUGAAACGGUUUUGUUUUAUCACAGUUUAAAGACUGCUGAAUUGCUUUUAAAUCACGGUGCAAAUGUUAACAUGCAAGAUUAUGAUGGAUCUACACCUCUUCAUACAUUAAUAAAAUGGUCCGAUAAUCUUGUAGCUGCAAAAAUGCUUGUUUCUCAUGGAGCACUUAUCAACAUACAAAAUAAUAAAGGGGAAAAUGCUAUUUCUUAUGCAUCAUCUCUUAAUAGAGGCAAAAUCUUAGAUUUCCUAACGAGUUGUGGGCAAAAUUAA